AUGGAUGCGGUCGAACAGGAUGAGAAUGACACUCACAUUGGAGCACAGUUGUUCGAAGACGAAGACACACGCUUGUUCUAUGAAAGUUUGCCUGAUAUUAAGGCCAUGGUUCCUGGUAUACUUUAUAAAGACAGUGAACAAGCUAAACCGGAUACGAACCGCGAAAAGACGGAAGAGGAGAACAGUACAGUCGAAGAUAUUGAUGUGGAAACGGUCGAAUCAGAACUGGCCAGAGAGGAAGAAGAGGUAUUUCGAAACACCGAGGAUUCUGCAACUGCAAAUGCUGCCGCGGAUCGGGAUAAACCUCCGACCAUGUUAGGCAUAGAGGAAACGGAAGAAGAUCCCAAUUCAUCGGGGAAAGUGCUCAUGGAGACAUUCUUGACACAGCUUCCGAACUGCGUUAAUCGUGAUUUGAUUGAUCGAGCAGCUGUAGAUUUCUGUUUAAAUUUGAACAAGCGUUCCAAUCGUCGUCGCCUCGCUCGCGCAUUGCUCAUGGUUCCCCGAACGCGAUACGAUUUGCUCCCAUUCUAUGCGCGUCUCGUUGCCGCACUGGCUCCCGUCAUGCCCGAUCUUGUGCAAGAUGUGAACACCAUGCUCACGGGCGAGUUCCGUUGGCGUGUAUCAAAACGUGAUCAGUUGAACUUGGAAUCCAAGCUGAAAGUUGUCCGCUUCAUUGCACAAACCGAAACUGAAACACGUGUUUCGUCCUCUGGUUUUAGUCUAAUGGAUGAAAUUCCAGUUCGACGAGAACUGACCAAAACAGUCCGACUGAACAGCGAAGUUGAUGUGUUUCCUGGGUGUAUGCUUAAAAUCUUCGAAUUUGAUGACUCUACCCCAAUGUACCUCAAGGAGAUAUACUUUUCCAACUACUACACCGGGCGUGUAUCCGCGAAGCUUUGCAUCGAAGACGUGGGUUCGUACAUGCCGAUUUGGAUUGACCUUUUUCGAAUUCAACUGAUGCCAGACUAUCAUUACAGCGCUGGUUCCUGCGCGAACGUCAAGGUAACCUUCCCGUCCGGUUUCAAAACUGUUGAGUCGCCUCAGCGACUACAGCGUGCUGUAUUCAUGCUCCAGCAGUCAUCUCCGAUUUGGAAAGAGUACUCUAUAAAUGCUGUA